CGGAUCCUUGAAGGAAGUCUGUCGCUCGUGUUUGAGUCGCCUGAAAGGACUUGAAAACAUUUUUUGUUGCUAAUUGCGAAGUUCUUUCCUCGCAAAACUCGCAUAAGAAACAUGGAAGAUAACACAGUUAAAGAAAAAGAGACGGAACAACAAACUGAAACAAUGUCGAAGCGACAGAGGAAAAGACUUCUGAAGCAUCAAUUGUUCGUGGAACGUAGAAAAGUUAAAAGGAAAGAAAAGAAAGAGAGAAAGAAGGCCCAAAAAAGGAAAUUACAGGAAGAAGGAGAGAGAGAAGAAGGGCAAGCAAGUGCAAGUGUCGAUGCCUCUCCUAAAAAGUCGACAUUUACAACGAAACUUAAAUCAAUGAGUUCGGACGACGCUUCUUCUCUUCGUAUCGCAAUAGAUCUGAGCUUUGAUGAUUUAAUGAACGAUCGUGAUAUUCAUAAACUAUUGAAACAAGUUCAACGAACGUAUUCCAUCAACAGAAGAGCGAAGCAUCCAGUUCAGUUUUACCUCACAAGUUUCGGGGGCAGAUCGAAGACAAUACUGGAAGAGAUCAAGUGUAACUAUGGAAACUGGGAUGUUCACAUUAAGACGGAAUCUUAUAGUGAUAUCUUCUCGCAAGAAGACGUAGUUUAUUUGACCUCGGAUUCUCCCAAUGUUUUAAGCGAAGUCGACGAGUCCAAGGCGUAUAUUAUCGGCGGACUUGUUGAUCAUAAUCAUCACAAAGGCCUGUGCUACGAGCUCGCUAUCCAGCGGGGAAUCGCUCAUGCACAACUGCCAAUCACCGAGUUUGUCAAAUUGAAAUCCAGGAAAGUGAUCACUGUUAAUCAGGUGUUUGAGAUUUUGUUGGUUUUCACAGAGACAAAGGACUGGAGAGAGGCGUUUUUCAAAGUUAUUCCUGCUAGGAAAAGGGAAGAAGAUUCCGAAACCCAAGAAGUUGGUGAAGAAGAGGAUUCUGUCGAGAAUGGCGGCGCUUCUGAAGGCGAGAGUGAAGAAUCAGACAAAGGAAAUGCUGAUCAAGUUAAGCCCGAGUGAAAGGCUAAACAAAACUGUUGCUACCGCGAACUUGAGAAAUGAUUGUGAAUCUAAAUUUGAAUAAAGAACAUAUUAUCUAG